AUCCGCAAGAUUGAAAAGCAGAUGCUUCGUGGAAACCAUUCACAUUUGUUUGCAAGCGCUUGAACGUGGCAGAGGUGUAUUAUCCUGGCGAGAAUUAAAACCCAUCUUUCUUCUUUUUCUUCAAAACCAAAGAGGACAAGUGUAGAAGAAAUCAGCACACAGUAAUGUCGUUCGAGUGAGUGCUCCACAAAGUGACAAAGAGAGAGAGAGAGUGCGUCGUGUGUAUGUUCCGUGGAAGAAAAGUGCAUCCGUGCAGAAGAAGCAUAAUUUAAUCGAAGUAGACCAAUCGUUUUACUGUUUUCCCUCUGACGUCAGCGUGUACAUUUCGCGUGUGUGUUUGUUGCGCAAGUGUUAACGUUGAAAACGGAAAAGUAAGAAAAAAACGACCCCAAAAUCGGUGGUUUGAUAGUUAAAAACAUUUGAACCGGUUUUGUAUAGUCAACAUCACCUCCCGCAGGGUGGUACCGGGAAUGUCGAAAAGUCAAUAAACAGAAGUUACCGACGGGGAUAGGUAACGUGAAACAUAGGAGAAAUUAACAUUUCGCGCUUUGCCAUCGAUUUCGGAAGGAAAGUCGUGUUGACGGGAAGAAUAUAAAUAAGAAAAACACACAUUAACACCGAUUCCGAUUGCCCGAUCGAAGGUGGAAGAGAAAGAAACACGCGGCCCGUUGUCAUCAUCAUCAUCGCCGUCGUAACAACGCACCGUGUGCAUGUGUGCGGUACAGUGAGAGACAAAAAAAUAAGACGUACAACGCAAUUCUGCACCGAAAAUAAUCUGAAACCCAAACCUGGCGGCUGACUGUCGGUAGUGUGCUUUCGAGUUUCACCACUCCAUCCGGCUUUUCCAAGCAACCAUGUUUUCCACCCUGACCCGGUAUGGCGGUAGCGCCGCGGCACCGCAGAUGACGACCGCGCUCAGCGCUUUGACCGCCGCGUUCCGGCGCACCAUUUCCAAGAGCAGUGAGGUGAAUAAUUCCGACUUCAUGACGAUCCGAACGGAGAACCAGAACCAGAAGACGGUGGCCAGUAGCCGCAACUGCGACAGCAAGCAACAGAUAAGACUGAAGAAGGUGUCGAGAACUCUCUCGACGCUGAACUCAUCCGUACCGGAAGCGGCCGCACAUACGGCCGUACCGAAAAGCGAAAGCCGCGAAUUUAUGGCCGUCUUUCCCGAUGUCGUGCGGGAUCUGACUGCGUACGCGAGCAAGUACGACAAGAACGUGGCGACCAAGUGGUUUGUGCGGGCACUGCAGUACAAUGUGCCGCAGGGCAAGAAAAAUCGUGGACUGGCCUGCGUAUUUGCGUACCGGAUGCUGGCCCGCCCGGAAGAUCUUACGCCGGAAAACAUCCGCAGGGCACAGUACCUUGGCUGGGCGAUUGAGAUGCUGCAUUCGAUGUUCCUGAUCAUGGACGACGUUAUGGAUGGUAGCGUUACGCGUCGUGGUCAACCGUGCUGGCACACGCUGGAGGAUGUGAAGCUGGCCGGUGUUAAUGAUGGCAUCAUGAUCGAGGCGGCCAUUGCACACCUGGUGAAGACACAGUACGGCAACGAGCCGUAUUAUGCGCGGCUGCUGGAGCUGUUUAACGACAUGAAGUUCAUCACGACAAUUGGGCAAUCGUUGGAUCUGCGCUCGGCCAAGCUCGAUGUGACGGACUACACGAUGGAUCUGUACAAAUCAAUCGUAUUUCACAAGACUGCUUACUACACGUUCUACCUCCCGGUGGCGAUGGCCAUGCACCUUACUGGCUAUACCGAUCCAGAGAUGUUCCGGCAGGCGAAAACGAUUCUGCUCGAAAUUGGGCAGUUCUAUCAGACGCAGGAUGAUUUCUUCGAUUGUUUCGGUGAUCCAGCCGUGAUUGGUAAGGUUGGCACCGAUAUUGCCGAGGGCAAGUGCAGCUGGUUGGCCGUGGUUGCGAUGCAACGAGCGACCGAGGAACAGAAAGAGAUCAUGAAGGCGUGCUAUGGAUCUGCGGAUCCCGAGAAUAUUGCGCGCGUAAAGAAGCUGUACGAGCAGCUAGGACUGCCGACGACUUACAGCAUCUACGAGGAAGAAUCGUACAACAUGAUCAAAACGCACAUUCAGCAAAUUUCGCGCGGAUUGCCGCACGAACUGUUUUUCAAAAUUAUGGAGAAAAUCUAUCGACGGGAAGCGUAAACAAAGCAGCACCACUACUAAUACCCAUGGCACAACAACUCGCAAUAAUCUACUAACGUUGUAUUAAUGGUGUCCCAACCAUGGUCCUGUGUUGUCCCCCCGUUACGAAUCUUGCGGAAUCGCACUUAACAUUUGUGUGUGUGUUUUUUUAAGUCAUGGCGCCACCGCACAUCAUCGUACGAUGAUGAGAUAACGUUAAGCUGUGUUCGUAGUGAAAGGUUUUUAGAAAAUCUUUCCAAAACAAAACAAUAACGAACUUAAAUGAUAAUGAGCGAAAGUUGUUCAUGAAAUCCGUUUCAUGUGGAACGAUAGAAGAAACGGUUUAUCGGAAUUAUAGAUUCACGAUUUAGAGUAGUGUAAUGUUUGUGAUUGAUUAUUGGAGGAGAUAAAUUUUUGAAUGCAUAGUAAGGAAGAAAGAUAAAGUUGAUAAUGAAACAUGUUACACACAAACUACCCAACAUACACACAUUGCUUUCCCAUCCCCCCUCUAGUACACUUUUUCACGUGCUUUUCGGUAUUUGAUACGACACAAGUUAGGGAAACUUCUUCUGCAACCAGCAGCUGUAAUUGUAUCCACGUUUAAAAUCUGGCAAUUUUGAAAUGAUUUUACUUAAUUGAUUCAUUGUGUGUCAUUUGCUUACGCCGGCAAUAUACCUUCACACUUUCGGUAAAACCUCGAUAAAUACAUUCCUUUACGCGUGGACCAAGGAAAACCAUUACAUACCCAGUAAGUCCCCAUUCCUCCCUCAUCAACAUGAUUCCGAUGUUCUGUAGGUGUGAAAAGAACAGACCGAACUCAUAAUAGGUUGAUAACGAACGAACAAGCAACAACCAUACACAUGUCCUUACACCUAAUACACAAACAGACACAUUAAUUUUAACAAGGAAGAAAAGAAAAAAAAAACAAA